AUGUCACACUUCGGAGAUUUUAUGGACGGUGUUCCCGUUAAAAUAUCUGAGAAGUACAAGCGUCCUUCACCAAUCGAGUUACCCUACAAUGUAACUGAAUGUCCUUUACGUGCACAGAAUGUUGUCGAUUGCGUAAAUUACUGCUCUACAUUUGAGCGUAACAUUCUUGCAAAACUUAAAGAACUAAGAAGUGCAAAAGAGACCAAGAAAAACGAAAGAAGACAUCGUCUUCACCUUCUUGAAGAGGCGAAGCAAAAGAAACUUGAUGCUAUUGCUGCAGCUGAGGCUGAGGAGAAGCUAAAGCAACUGAGCAUUUCUGAAGUGUCUUAUCCCAGCACUGAGGAGAUAAGCCCACUCUCACCUGAUGAUAAGCCAGAGCAUAACUGUGAUACCUCAGUUCAAGACAAUAUUGUUACUAAUAAUUCUGAUACAAAUAAAUCAACUAGUGUAGAUAUUAACUUAACAAACAUUACCCAGGACUCUCAGUCAAGCAUCUUACAACCUAUCCAAGUUCAGUCCAACUAUCAGCAAUGCAGUUUGCUUGAUGAUCCUGAUCCACUUCAAGAAUUGAAAUUUACUACAAAUAUAACAAAGGCACAGUAUUCACACAAUGUGGAAACUUUGACUUUUAAAGAUUUUGAAAAUGACACAUCCAGCCCAUUUGAUAAUGUUGAACUGAAAACUAUAAAUGAUAUGGAAUUAUUAGCUCAAGUUUUACAAAGUCAAAGAGAUUCAAGUGUUAGUUGUCAAAUGCAAAGUUACCCUGAUCAGGUGUAUUCAGGAUAUGCCAACUGUGCAACACAGGCCCAACUUGAUGGAGGUACAUACCUUCCCAAUGCUUACCAACAGACAAUACAAGAUCCAAACAUUAUGUAUUCAUCUCCUCAACACUUUCCUGUCUCUAAUGGAUUCUAUGUUCAAGCAGACACAAUCUGUGAUAACACUUUGCCUUUAGACAAUGUUUAUGUUCCCAAUUAUCAAUAUUAUGUUCCUACUCAAACAUAUGCUGAUCAAUACUAUAACGCAUCUACAUCAGCAGAUAUCAGCCAAGUUGCAAAUGGUUCCUACAUUCCUCAGCCUUACUAUUAUCAGUAUCAACCAUAUUAUGAUCCAAAAAUAAAUACUGAACAGAAUAAUGUAACAUCAAGCAGUUCACAGAAUAUAAAAUCUAGAUCAAGAAGUGUGCCAGACAUUGUGAGAGAGUUGAAUGAAGAAUUAGCUACAGCUAAAUUAAGGGCUUAUGAAAGAUCUUGUAAUGUUAGCCCAGCACCAGUAACCAUUGUGCCUAGGUCUUCCUCUACUAGUGAGAAAAGAGAAAGUAGGAGAAGGAAACGAGAGCAGUUACCAAACCCAUUUGAAAAGUUUCCACCUCAGUUGCAAAGUGUUUGUCAAAAAAUUCAUGGGAUGGGCUUCCCACUAGAUCGGGUAGCAAGAGUAUGCAGUUUAGUUGGUGACAAUGAUAAAAAGAUAAUAGAAGGGCUUCUGAUUGUUGGAGAGCUCAUGGAUCUAGGUUUCUCUGAAGGAAAAGUAUCAGCAGCUCUUGCUAAACAUGAAUUUAAUAGAGAUAAGGCAUUAGAUGAGUUAGUUUCAUAG